GGGGGGGUGGGGGAGGUGGGUCCGUGGGACAGCGAGCGGACAGGGAUGGGACGGGACAGGGACAGGUGGUGCCUGGCCCUCAGGGCGUGCGUCCUGCUGGCCGUGCUCUGCGUCUGCGUCCACCUGUACCUGGGACGUCCCGGCGGGCGGGGAGGCCAGGUGCGCCCGGACGGCGGGGGGACCCCCCGGGUGACCGCGGGAGGAGGAGGAGGAGGAGGAAGAGGAGGAGGAGAUGGAGGGGCCCUGGGGCCGAACAGCGAGGACGGGGCGCUGAAGAGGCAGGUGACCUACGUCAGGACCCCGAAAAGGGAUGCGGGCGCGGACGGAGGGGCGCCACCCGGAGGCGAGCACCCCACGGCCUGCUGCCCGCCGCUGCACCCGCACAGGAAGGUCCCACGCUGGCGCAUUGACUUGCAGCCCUGGGCAGCUCCUAGCCACGCCUUGGAGGAAGAAGCACUCCGAUUUCUGAACUACAUACAGACGCCUCAUGUGUCCUGUGGAGGCCCCCUGGGGGCGGGGCUGCCCGAGGGCCGCCGCCCCCCCGAGACGGGGCAGCCCUGGCGGGUGUGCCUGGACGAGCGGUUCAGCCUGGCCCAUCGCAUCGGGAGCAAGCACUGCCGGGUUUACUCCCUGGGGCUGGGCAUGGCGGACAAGCGGCUGGAGCUGAGCCUGGCGGGGGCGGGGUGCGAGGUGCACUGCUUCGACCCCAGCAUCAAGCAGCCGCACCUGCAGGACUCCUCGCGCAUGUGGCUCCACCGCAUCUCCGUGGACUGGCGCGACCCCAACCCCGCCAUCCCCGCCCACCAGCAGCGCGGCAGCACCAAGAAGCUGGCCGCCAUCCUCAACGACUUCGGGCACCGGAAGAUCGACGUGCUGAAAGCGGACAUGGAGAGCGCCGAGUGGAAGAUCCUGGAGAACCUGAUCCUGGAGGACGUCCUGCAGGAGAUCGGGCAGCUGCUGCUGGAGGUGCACCUGCACUGGCCCGGGUUCGAGGUGAGCGGGGACGACAGCACGGUGGUGCGCUACUGGUACAGCCUGCUGCGGGAGCUCCAGCGACAUCACUUCCUGCUCUUCUACAGCCACUGUGACAUCACCAAGCCCCGCCUCUUCUUGCACAAGAACCUCUUCAACGCCAGCAGCUCCUAUACUCUAGGCUGGGUCAACACCAGGUGGAAGCCCCAGUAGAGACUGGCAUGGGCGGUGUCCCCAGAGCAUGCUGGGAGAUGUAGUCUAACCAGGCUGCUCAGAGGCGAUCAAUGGGAAACUAUUGCUACUGCAGGCACUACAUUUUUUUAAAAUUAAUCUUAGUGAACAUAUUUUCUCAAAGACUGCAUGAGCAGUGAAGAAGUCAAAUUAAUUUGACACUGAGUGUGUACCGCACCUCGAGCAUCCUGGGCGACGUAGUCCAAACAGGCUGCUCAGAGGAGAUCAAUAGGAAACGAUUAUGCCGUUUUUCCUUCAGGCACUACAAUAAUUUUUAGUAUUGAUCCUGGCCCACGUUUUCAUCAAGUAUGCAUGAGCAGCGAAGAAAAACACAAUUUGACACCGAGGACACACGACGCCUGAAGCAUGCUGGGCGAUGUAGUCCAAACAGGCUGCUCAGCGGGGAUCAAUAGGAAGCAGUGUUAUUCAGCUUUAGGCACUAUACUUUUUUUUUCUUUGUAUUGAUCAGGGUAUACAUUUUUCAGGUAUGCAUGAACAGUGAUGAGAAUAAUUAAAAUGAACCUGACGCCACCGAGUGUGCACAGUACGCACUCCAUCAUCCACAACUAUGCAGAGAUGAGGAAAACACAACACUGAACAUUUUUAAUCACCUGUGAAAUUAUAUACAUAAAUAUAUAUAACGGUCUUCGCCAUCUCAGCAGGCAUUUCAAACCUAAAGAUUUUCUAGGGGCUGGUCAGCCAUUCAAAGCGUCACCCGUGUACCCCCCUCCCCCUCCCCCUCCCCCCACAGGCUUCAAGGGCCUUUGUGGAAAUCAUUUGUAAAUAAUGGAAAGAAACACUUCAUUUUUGGACAGAAAUUAUUCGGGAGGCUACAGUGGAACGUUUCUUCAGAACGGAGGGAGAUCUCUGGGAAAUCUUCGAUUAAAGAAGCCGACUCAUCCAUCUUCCUCCUCCGAGAGACUCGAAGGCCGUUCUUCAUAAAAAAUAAAACUGAGAAAAAAGAUUUCGAAUCCCAAAAGAGACGCGACGCCUAUUUUAAUCACCCUGUUCUCACAUCGGCCCCCCCCCCCCACAGCCCCCCCCCCCCCCCCCCCCCCCACCCCCACAGCCUCCAACACCCUUCCGUUUCCGAGAUUUUUUAACUACCGCGUAGUUAGGAAUCGUCAGAUUUAUUAAAAUUUAAUCAGUGGGAUUGCGCUCUCUUUCCCUUUGGAAAUCAUCGAUCCCAAACAAACGUAUACUGCUUUCGGUUUCAUUAAAAAGGGGGGGGGGGGGGGGGGGGGGGGGGGGGGUUAAAUUAAGACGUUCAUUUCAGCGCUGAAGCCAGCGUUGCUGGUUAAUUAAUGAGAAGAAGAACCAGCAUCCCACAGAGAUCCGGGGAGACCAUCGAACCACCGGCAGUUUCCUCAAAGUAAGAGACCUGCUGCCUCACCGGCCUACUCCAUCGUUUGAAUGAUCAAAUGUCAAGCAGAUUCAACCCCCCCCCCCCCCCCACCCACCCACCCAGUGCUCUAUGCCAUGCAUCUUUAAGUAUCCAGAGAUCUUCUGUUACUUUAGAGGAUUAAGAACCAAAUCAUUUUAGAGACCCGGUGUUUCAUUUAAAAAAAACCUUUGGUGUUGCAUAGAACUUGGGGGGGUUUGGAGGUGAGGGUCACUAUGAGUUAAAUCCAUUUAUAAUACUUGGGAUUUGUUCCCAUUUCUGUUGAAAGGUCAACAAACGGAGCACAUUAAUAAAAAAAAAAUGAAGCACA